AUGGUAUUCGAAAACAUAAUUGUUUAUUUACUUGAUAAAUAUUUGGGUAAUUAUAUCGACAACUUAGAUACGAAAAAAUUCAAAAUUGAUUUAUGGAACGGUAAUGUCGUUUUGGAAAAUCUAUAUCUCAAGUCUAAUGCAUUGGCCGAUUUAAAUCUUCCUGUAACUAUAUCUAUUGGCUAUCUACAAAAACUAGUACUUCAAGUUCCAUGGACAAAUAUAUAUACACAGCCAACAAAGGUGACAAUAGAAGGACUUUUUUUACUUGUUGUACCCAAAACGGAAGUUGAAUAUGAUGCUCAAAGAGAUGAAAAAGACGAAUAUGAAAUGAAAAUGAAAGAAGUUCGAAAAAUUGAAGAACUUCGAAAACAAAGAGAAGCUGAAAAAAAUCCUCAAGGAAAUGAUAAAAAUGAUACGUUUGUUGAACGUAUACAACUUCAAAUAGUUCGAAAUCUUGAAUUAUCAAUUCGAAAUAUUCACAUUACCUAUGAAGAUAAAUCUUCUAAACCUAAUCAUCCAUUUGCAUUUGGAAUAACACUUAAUUAUUUUACACUUCAUACAACAACAUCAGAUUGGGAACCAACUAUACUUAAAGACGAUACAUCAUUAAUUCAUAAACUUGGUGAACUAAGUGCCUUAUCAAUCUAUUGGAAUACCAAUUCAAAAUCUCGAUUAGAUUUAUCAAGAGACGAUGCUAUUCAUGAUCUUAGAGAGAAAAUCGCAAUUGAUAAUCAACAAGCACCAUCUGAUGUUGCUUAUAUUCUUCGACCACUUAAUGUUAAAGCAAAAAUUAUAUUAACCAUGAAACCACGUCAAGAAGGUUUUCAACAACCUAUAUUCGAUAUAAAAAUUGAUUUAGAUGCAAUCAGUUUAAAUAUGAGUAGUGGCCAAUAUUCAGAUUUACUCGAUCUACUUGAAUUUCAAGAUUAUCUCAUUGUUAAAUCAAAAUAUAUAAAAUAUCACAUGAAAAAAGAUCAAGUAGAAAAGUCAAGUUUAAAAAAUUGGAAAUUUGCGUACGAGGCUAUUCUUAAUGAAGAAAUCCGACCAAAAUUCGAAUGUUAUAAAUGGGGAAAUAUAAAAGCACAUUUAGAUAGAUGUAGAGAAUAUCGUGCGAUUCAUUUUCAAGAAUUGACUGGAAAACUAACGAAUGAACAAAAACAACGAGCUGAAGCAUUGGAAAAAAAAAUUGACGUAUUCAAUUUAACAUAUAUUCGUCGUAGUGCAGAAAUUGAAGCGAGAAAAAAGAAAGAACAAGAACCUAAAACUUGGUGGGGAAAUGUUUCGAAUUGGUGGAGUGGAAAUAAAUCUUCAGACGAUUCAGAACUAGAUUUAGAAAAAUUUAUGUCACCAGAAGAAAAACUGAAACUUUAUGACGCUAUUGGUUACGCUGGUGAAGAUACAUCUGCAUCAACUUAUCCUGAAGAAUAUGUUGAUAUCAAUUUAAAGAUUCGAUUAAAUAUGCUCGAUAUUAAUUUUUGGUCAAAAAUGGAUGAAAAUGAUGCUCAACUUCGGAUUAUUGCUCGAGCUGUUGUACCCGAUACAAGUUUGGAAUUCAAACGACGACCAGCAACAGAUGCACUUGUGUUUUCCAUGGAUUUGGGUUCAUUUCAAGUAUUUGGUAUUGCAACUGAUUUAAAACAAUCUGAAUUAUUAAAUGAUAGUCGUUCUACACUUGUAAAACCAUCUCUAUCAUGUUCUAAUCAGCAGAAGUUAUUACAAGUAGAACUUGAAACAAGUCCAUUAGAUAAAACUGCUGAUUAUCGUAUGAAAAUUAUUUCACAAUCAUUGGAAAUAAAAUAUAACGCCCCCACCAUUAAUAAAUUAGUCGAAUGUUUUGAAUCUGAUACUAAACGAAAUUUAUCAGGUGUUAAGCAAAUAGCUUAUUCAACAUAUACCGAUGUUAAACAUCGUUCUUAUAUAUUAAUGAAGCAUAAUAUAGAAAAAAUUAAAGUCUUGGAUAUUUAUAUUGAUAUUCAAUCAUCGUAUUUUCUUCUACCUGAAAAUGGAGUUUAUGAAGAUGGUGGUGCAGCUAUAUGUAUGGAUUUAGGCCAUUUAACAUUAAAACGAGCUACAAACGAUAGAAAUAAUGUUAGAGAGACAUUUUUAUCAAACAGAACAAUAAAUAUGGAUGAUGCACGAGAAUUAUCUUACACUGAAUUCAAAUUAAAACUUGAAGAUAUUCAACUAAUUUAUGCCAAUCGAAAUGAAAAUUGGGAAAAAGCACGAAGAGAGAGAAAUACUCGUUUACAUUUAAUUAAACCAAUGGCACUGGAAAUGAAUGUUGAUAAAUGUAUCUAUGCUGAUGAUGCUGUUUUACCAGCAUGGAGAGUAGCCGGAAAUGUUCCGAGUGUAGAAUUACGUUUAUCCGACAAACGUCUUUUUGAAAUAAUCAAUCAUAUUCAAUCAAUUCACUUGCCACAAUUGAAACAUAUCUUAGAUGAUCAAACUUUAAUUGAAUCUAAAAUAUCAACAGCGGACUCCUCACUCAAUUAUUCUGAACAAGCAUACGAAACUGUCGUCGAUAUAAUACCAGAUAAAAAAACUUUAGAAGAAUCAGAACUUGAUCACACUAUCAGCAAACAAACUGGUAAACAACAAAAUGAUCUUGAAGGACAACUUACACAAUUAGAAGCAAGAUUUACACUUGAUAAAAUCGAUCUUCAUAUUGAUGAAGCAUCGGACUGUUGCGAUGAAAAUGAGGAAGGUGAACCGUUUCUUCAUCUUAUACUCGAAUCAAUAAUGGUCAAAACAAAAAUAAAAACAUAUGAUAUGGAGUUCGAUGCAUCAUUGACCAAUUUAAUUCUCUAUCAUGAACAAUUUAUUGGAAAAGAUCGUCAACGAUUAUGUUUGUUAUCAGCUCAAAUAAAUAAAAAUAAAAAUAAUCGAACUGAUCAAGAAAUUCAAACGUUAGUUAGUGUUCAUUUUCUGCAUACAUCAUCCACAAAUCCGUUAUUUUUAUCAGCAAUUUAUAAUGGAAUCGAAAAUAAAGCUCAUAUUCAUGUCUCAAAACUUGUUGUUAUAUUACAAUUAGAAGCCCUUUUAUCAAUAUUCAGAUUUUAUGAUUCUUUAACGAGAAAAUUAUCUAAGAGCAUACUUACACAUGAAUUCAAACACAAAGAAAAAGAAGAAGAAGAAGAAGAAAACAAACAUAAAAACGAACCGUCAAAAUUAUUACAAGACAAUAAAUUAUUGCAAAGCUCUGCAGAUAUUUUUGAAAAAACAAUGCUGAAACAUGCAAUCGAAGUAACACCAACACUUAACAUUAAAGCUGAUUUAGAAGAAUUUCAAAUAAUAGUUGCAUCAAAAGUAGCUCAGCUAUUCGAUGUUAAAGUUCAAGGUGUUAACGCUGAUAUAUCUCAAGCACCAAAAUUGACAGUGGUCAAUUUAAUUCUUUCAGAUGUACGUGUUUUUGAUCCACAUGAAGAUGCACGUUAUCGAAAAAUUGUUUCGCAACAAACUGAUUAUAAAAAAUUACUUCGUGUUACCGUAUCUUUAUUUGGUUAUGAUGAUGACUACCAAAAACCGAUCGAUGUUGUUGAUUGUGAUGUUAAAGUUAAAUUUGCUAAAGCAAAUAUUAUUUUUCUGUUUAAACACAUUGAUGCGAUUUUGAUUUUCCUUGAUUCAUUGAAUAUAAGUAAAUCUACAAUGGAUUUAGCAGCAGCACAAGCUGAUAUGGCAUUUGAACAAGUACACAAAUUACAAGAACAAGCUUUUAAACUUCGUCUUGAUGUAACAUUUAACGCUCCAAAUAUAAUUAUUCCAACAAGUUCAUGUUCCGAUGAAGCACUGCUAUUUGACUUAGGUCGAUUAACAAUAAAUACACGUUUCUAUGAUGAUCCGAAACGAUCACUUGUUGAACAACAAAGCGUUCGAUUUGAAAAUGUUCGUGCCAGUCGUAUUAAACUUGACCGAGAAAAUCAUAUUCUUGGUGAAAUUUUAUUACUUGAAUGUGCUGAAUUAAAUACAUUAAUUAAUCGUUUACUUUAUCCAGAAAAGAAUCAGACAGAACCAGCCGUUUCAAUCAAAGCUGAAUGGGAAUUAGUUCAUUUUCAAUUAGCAAAAGAUGAUUAUUCUGGUGUGAUGAAAGUUUUAUUGCAAAAUUUUACAGAAAAUAUUCGUGAUCAACUAUUAGAAAGUGAUGAAAUUAAAAAAUAUUACUAUAGAGAUGAAGAACAAGAAAAAGUAGAGGACGCUUCAAGAAAUGCUGUUAUUAAAAAACAGAGAGAUAUGUACCACGAUGAUAUAUAUCAAACAAUUAAAAUUCAAGCAGAAAUUAAAAAAUUAGCGUUGACACUUUAUCUUGGAGAAUCUAAUUUGACUGUGUGUCGCACUCUACGUGAUGAAAAACUUAAAUUAGCUAAUGUUGAAAUCAGUAUGUUAGAAGUAUUAUUUUGUCAACGAUCUGAUCAAAGCUAUAAAGCGAUGGCUCGUGUUAAAAAUUUGUUGCUUGAUGAUUUACGUGAAGCAAAUAAAACAUCAACUGUAAAACGUAUGAUCGAUAGACAUUCUAGAGUUGAUCCGAAUACUCAUAUGCUUAUUGGUGCCUUUGAAUUUAAACCGGCAAGUUCAUCGAAUUCGAUGCCACUUCGAUUAUUUAGCGCACAACUCGAAAGUCUUUAUAUAUGUGUUAGUUUGGAUUAUUUAAUAACAUUACAAGAUUUUUUUGUAUCUGGUUUACUGAUGGCGAGUAGUAAUUAUACAUCAGGACCUGAUACAACAAUGUUGAAUACUGAGCAACAAAUGCUAACUAGCACAACUGAACUAGAUAGAGAAAAAAAUCUAUCAAGAAUAUCUCAAAAAUUAAGUGGAACUUUAAGUAUAGUUCAUCGACCUUCAACAACAUUAUCAAAAGAUCUUACACCUCAAACUCCAUCUUCACCAAUUACAGAGACAGACAUUGAAACAAGAGUUGAUAUUAUUAUCAAAAAUCCUGAAGUUAUUUUACUUCAAGAUCAAAAUAAUUCCAAUUCGAAUUGUCUUGUACUUGAUUUAGAUUUUCAAAUGCGUAUGAUAACUGUUGGAGAAUAUACCAAAUUACAUGGUUGGUUGAAAGAUUUAACAGUUUAUUGUUCAAAUUUUGCCCUACUAAGAGAUGUAAACAAUUUAGCUUCCAAAAUAAAAUAUUGUAUUUUACAACCGGCUAAAGCUGAUGUUGUUAUGAUUAUUGAUAAAGAACAACAAAAAAUUGAUGUGCAAAUUUCGGACAUUAUUGUUAGUAUUGCACCAGCAGCAAUUAGAACAUUGAUUGGUGUUACAAACUCGUUGGGAAAACUUCAAGCAACAGUUCAAGAAAAUGAAAAAGUUAAUAUAAAAACAUUGUUUAAUCCUAAAUCAUUUAAGGAUUCGAAAUUCUGGUUUACUGAAGAUUUUGAAGAACAAGAUAAUCGAUUAGAACUGAUUGAAACAUUAGAAACUGUAACAGGUUUACCAUCACUAAAUAAAACUACGAAAGAAGACGAAAAGAAAAGAAACUUACAAAAAGAAAAUAUGUCGUCAGUACAAAAGUCAAUUUCACAACACUUAAUUUUAACUUUGAAAACGAUCGAAAUAAAACUUGAAAUUGGUUCAGGUUCAAUGACGAAAUCUGUCGCUGCAAUGUGUGCAUCCAAGUUAAAUGUUGAUGCUAAAAAUUGGUCAUCAAUAUUUACUCUUUCAUCAACUGUCAAUAUAGAAGCUGCACUAUUCAAUGAAUACAUGCUUGCCUGGGAGCCGCUUAUCGAACCAAUAAUUGAUUCUACUCGAGCUAUUCUUUCACCUUGGUGUAUUGCAUGUUCUGUUGUACCUGCAUUACCAGUACGAAAUAUUGGAUUAGCUAUAAUGAAUGAACAAGAACAGAAAGAACAUAUCUCAUCGUCCAAUUUGAAACAAAUAAUAUCUAUUCGCGCUGAUCAAUUACUUAAUAUAACAAUAACAAAAACUGGUCUUGAUCUAAUUAAACAUAUAUAUGAUUUAUUUACUGAUGCUUAUAAUGAACGAAUACCACUGAAUAUUGAUGAUUAUGAUGAAUCCAUGUUAUCUUUGUGUAACGCAACAGGAAAAGAAGUAAUGAUUGAUAAUUUAGAUGGUAUUGAGUUUAUUGGAAAUAGAUUAUCAACAUCAACUAAUAUAAAAUACAAUGAAUCUAUUUCAUUAAUUACACUAACUGAACGUCAGUCAGCAGCUAGAUUAUCAGUUAUUGCAGAACAAAAUUCUAAAAGACGACAAGAAUUAUCUGUGAAAAUUGGCAACGUUACUAAAACAGUAAGCUUAAAUCGAAGUUGGAAACGUGUUUAUGAUUUAGGUCCAUCGAGAAAUGCAGAUUGGCCAAUUCAAAUGCUUUGUGAUGCACAAAUACGAAAUGAUCGUCGACAUGUUAUUCUUGGUUCCAUUGUGAAAAUUUGUAAUAAUACAAUGAUGCCAUUAGUACUGUUAAAUAUAAAUUCAUUUGAUACAACAAAAAAUUAUAAAAUUGCAAAAAUUAAUGUUAACGAUGAGUAUUAUGUACCCAUUCAUUUACUGUAUACGUAUUCAAUUUCACCGAUAUUUUUGGGAAUUGACGAAAAUAACAACAAUGAUGAAAUCAAUGAUUUUUUCUCGUUCAAUUGGCAAACAGAAGUUUCAGAAGAAAAAAAAUUAAAAUUGAAAAAUGGAAAUGAAGCACAUUUUACUAUUUUCAAAGAAGUCACUGAAGCUUAUCUCGAAAAUAGUGAUCAGCUUGGUCGAUCUAGUUUUAGUCUUUAUAUUCAUCCAGCUCUUCAUUUAGUCAAUCUUUUACCAAUGAAUAUUCAAUGUUCAAUUGACAAUAUUGAACAAAUUACUAUGAAACCAAGUGAAGUGUAUCUGACUUCUUCCGGCAAUAGAUAUUCCACAUUAAUCUUCACUAUUCCAUCCUAUGUUAAUGCAAGUUGGGUAUCAGAACCAGUUAAUUUAAAAGUGGAAGGGACAGAUGAUCAUAAUGAACAUCAUAUUGUGUUUCAUAAUAAUACUCGUACUCGAUCUCAAGAAAAAUUGCAAAUGUAUUUACGUUCUGAUUUAUUUCAAACAACAGAUCGUUUGUCAUUAUAUUCACCAUUUUGGAUUCUUAAUCGUACUGACUUGAAACUUGAAUUUCAAAUCGAAGAUCAUAUUACAUUUAUCGGAGUUGCCGAAACACCAGUUUUAGUUUGUUCACAACCUUUUGAUAAUCACGCCAAUAAAAAGGGGCAAAUUCGUCUUUGUACUACUGUACAACACGAUAUUGUAGCUGAUUGGUCAGAGAAAUUUUCACUAGAUGUUAUUAAAAGUACUGGUUUUGCAUCUUCUAAAGUUGACAAUGAUCGAAUCUAUAUGAUUUGUGUUGAUAUUGCAACGUCAUCUUUUGGUUUCACAAAAAUAAUUACAUUUUCACCAGCCAUAGUUAUCAUCAAUACAUCAACUGUUCAAAUUGAAGUAGUAGAAACAGUAUCGAAUAAAGAACAAGAUAAAUGGGAACAACUUAAUCCCGAUCAAGUAAUUCCAUUUUGGCCACAUAAUAUAAAAGAUGGACUGAUGCAAGCUCGUUAUACAGAUAAUCGAAUAACAUCAGUUCCAUUUCUAAUCAAUCAAAAACAUCGAACACUUUUACGUAUGGAAGAUGAAGAACGCCCAGCAAUUCAUGUUGAGGUCACAGCAACUGACUUUGAUGGUGUACGAAUUAUUUUUGGAGAUUACAGAGUUGGCGAUGCACCUAUUCUUGUUGUGAAUUGUCUAAAAACCUAUCCUAUUUCUUUUUGUCAAAAUGAUGAUGAACGAACACAAGUUGUACCACCACAAAAUUAUGUGUAUUAUACAUGGUUUAAUCCAUUAAAAUUAAGAGAAUUAAUUGUUUCUUAUGAUGCAGAAAACACAAAGGUCGACCUUACUCCUCAAUGUGGAUUAAUCAAAAAAGAUGGUGAUCAUAUUAUCAACUAUGCGAUAUUUAUGGAUGGUGUUCAAACUGUUUUACUCAUUUCUGAUAAUGCAAAAAUCAUCGAAGCAGCUUCGGGAAUAUCAGCAUUGGUUGAAUCAAUGUAUCAACGCCUGCAAAUUGGUAUGCAUGAUAUUGGUGUAUCUAUUGUUAAUGAUAUGACUGGAGAAGAAAUUCUUUACAUAAGUAUAAAUAAAUCAAAAGUUAUUUGGACAGAAAUAAAACGAGCUCGUGUUCGACCAUUACCAAAUGAUAUUAAUGCAAGCUUAGAAAAACUUUAUAAAACUCACGUUGAAGCAUGUGAAACUAAUCCAGAUGAUAAAAAUCUUUCUAAAAAGAGCUAUUAUAUGAAAGAUUUUCAAGAAAUAUUAUUUGAUAAGAAUACGGCUGCGUUAACGAACUUAAAACGACAACAAGUAUUCGCUAAACGACAAACAUUAGAUGGUCUUUGGAUUGAAUAUGCAUGGUCGGCAACGAGUGCUGCAGUACAUUUACGUAUUAAUCGUAUACAAAUUGAUAAUCAACUUGAUUAUACACUAUUUCCUGUUGUUAUUUAUCCAAUCGCAGUAAAAAUAGAUGGUAUUGCUCUGCCUGGCAAAGCAUUCAUUGAAUUAAGUGUUUAUGAAUCAAAAACAAAUCGAUCAAAUGUAAUGCAUUUUAAAUAUUUUAAAUUACUUGUUCAAGAAUUUGCUGUUAAAAUUGAUCAGGAUUUAAUUAUUUCAAUUUUAGCAUUUCUCAAAUCCGAUGAGAUUACAGCAGCGCCAACACUCCAUAUGGAUACCGACUUGAAACAAAUACAAAAACCACUGAGUGCUCUUAUUAAAGCACAAAUAGAUAGUCCAUCUGGUGAAAUAGAAAUGUUUUUUGAUAAUAUUCAUCUAUCACCUAUUAAAAUUUCUAUUAGUUUUUCCAUGCAAGGAACAAAACCAAGUAAAGAAUUAUUAGCUAACUAUCCAUUAGUUGGCUUUUUAUUACGAACAUUAAAUGUUGCCGAAGUAGAAGAUGUUAUCUUACGGUUGGGUUAUUAUGAACAAGCACAUGGUCGAUAUACAAUAACAAAACUAGCAAAUGAAGUUUCAUCUCACUAUCAAAAUCAAUUUAUGAAACAAGUACAUGUACUUGUACUUGGCCUUGAUGUACUUGGAAAUCCUUUUGGUGUUAUUCGUGGUAUUGCUGAAGGUGUUGAAUCACUUUUUUAUGAGCCAUAUAAAGGUGCAAUCGAAGGUCCACUAGAGUUUGCUGAAGGUGUAGCAACUGGUGUUCGAACAUUAUUUGGUUCAACUGUGGGUGGUACUGCUGGUGCUUUUUCGAAAAUAACUGGUGUCUUUGGAAAAAGUUUAGCUACAUUAACACUUGAUGAAGAUUAUAAAGCGUCACGUAUAAGACGAAAAGAACCAGCAAGGAGAGCAGCGACUGAUAUUGCUGCUGGAGGGAAAAAUGUUGUUAUGGGUUUCGUCGAUGGUGCUAAAGGAGUUGUAACUAAACCUGUAUCGGGUGCGAAAGACAAUGGUGCUUUUGGCUUUGCUAAAGGUUUAGGAAAAGGGUUUAUUGGUCUUGUGGCGAGACCAACAGGUGGCGUUGUUGAUUUUGCAAGUACUUCAUUGGAUAUAAUUAAACGAAAGGCACAACAUGAAAAAGUAUUACGUUGUGUUCGUUAUCCACGUCAAAUUGGUCGUGAUGGUCUUGUUCGAGUUUACAUUGCUCAUGAGGCUAUGGGAUUUUUCAUUUUGAAUAGAUUACACGAAGGAAAAUAUACAAAAUCGGAUAUCUAUGUGGCACAUAUAACUUGUUCAGAAACUCCACUUGCUUGGUUACUGGCAACAUCGAAACGUUUAUUAUUUGUUACGGAAAUUUCAUUUCUUGGUGUAUUUGAAGUUGAUUGGGAAAUGGAAUAUGAAGAGUUAAAAGAAGAACCAGUUAUAAAACCAAAUUUAGGUCAAAUACAAAUAUUGACAAAAGAACCAAAGAAAGCGGGGAAAAUUAGAUCAGCUGUCUCUUAUGGGAAAAUGGUGAAAUAUCGAAAUACACCAGAAGCUCGAUAUAUUGUUGAAAAAAUAAUCUAUGAGAUGCAUUCAGUUGGUCUUUGA